AAGUUGAAAGAUUUACCUGCAAUACUGAGUAAACAUUAAGACUAAACAGUAAAUCAUAAUUGAUCAGAUAUCUUCUUAUUUCUACCGUUGAUUGGUCUACAUCAUUGACUCAAGCACACAUUAGAUUGAAGAUAAUGAAAAAUAGCAGCUUUUAUCAACGGUUGCGAAGCAACAAUGAAAUAGCCUGAGAAACUUUAAGAAACAAGUCAAUUGAUCAUUGAUGCCAAAAUAUUUAACAUAUUGGAUAAGAUUACAUCAAUUGAAAUCAACACCAAAAUUUUCUCAUAAAUUGUGGACCAUUUAUAAAUACAUCAACAUGAUGACCAAAGGAAUCAUAAUUUUAACAAUUUUAACAUUUAGUUGGAUAAACCAGACAAACUGCCAAGGAGCUUACGAUCCAUUCCAAAGCUAUUCCGGACAGAAAAAAGGAUCCCUCGGUCCUAGUGAAAUAACCGCUAUUGUUGUUGGCUCUUUUGCUGGUUUAUGUGCGCUUGGUGUCACCUUUUUUUUCUGUUAUUAUGUUUACCAAACUGAAGAAAGGCUCGAAAAAGGACGAUAUACACCUCCUGGCUAUCGGAGACCCUAAAGUUUGGUCAAUGUAAACCUCAAUCACAAUUAAUACUCCUAUCACUGCCGAUGGAAAGUAGUUGGUUUAAUGUGACUAAGAUCAAAUUCACCACAAAUCAAUUAAUCUCAUAAUGUAUCAAUUCAGAAUAGUAUUCAGCUCUUUUUAUACGAUGUUUUUUUACCCAAAUUCAGACAGAAAUUCAAAUUUUUUUACCUCAUUUUAUAUUGUUACAUUUUUUACCCAGAACAAGCUGAGAAAUUUUAUAUCAGAAAUGAAAUGAAUGAAUUCAAGACUGUCUUGAGUUUUAAUCUUAAGAUAUUAUGAUAAAUAAAUUAAUUUCACUUUUCA